UAAGCAUUUUGAUAGCAGUAAUAAAAUCGCAGUUAUCGAAUUCCAACAAUGGAUUUCUCGAAGAUACUAUUUAUUGUUCUCACUGUAGCUCUGUAUAUUGAAGAAAUCGACAAUUCGAAAAUUUUAGGAAUAUUUCCUCUGGCCGCGAAAAGCCAUUAUACGUUGGGAAACUCGUUGAUGAGAGGGCUGGCCGAGGCCGGACACGAUGUAACAAUGAUGAGUCCUCACAAUGAUGAAAAUCCUGUCGAAAAUGGAACGUACAGAAAUAUCGUUUUAACCGGAUUCGCCGAAUUUUACGAAGCCACAAUGAAGAAACUCAACCCGUACGAACGAUCAUACUUCUCCAACUCCUUCAACUACCUGCACAAAUACCAAAGAGCCACGACCGUUCUAAUGGAGAAUAUCUUCCAACACCCCGCCGUCGUGGAUUUCUCCAAUUCCAACGAAACCUUCGACGUCGUCAUCGUCGAGCAAAUCGCCUGCGAGGCCUUGAAGUACUUCGCCCAUCACUUCAAAGCCCACCUCGUUCUGUUCUCCUCCGUGGCAGCGGAGAGCAAAGUGAAUUACGUCAUGGGGAAUCCCACCAUGGUGUCGUUUUCCCCGUUAAUCGACACUGAUUUUUCCAACGACAUGACCUUGGCGCAGAGGAUCAGGAACUUAUUGCUGUACGCCUACGAAGCGGCCGAGUACAAGUACCUUUGGUUGCCGUUUUUGGACGAUUUGAUCCAGAGGUACCAUCCCGGUGCGCCUUCGAUGUUCGAUAUUAAUUACAAUGUUUCGUUGGUACUCGUUAAUUCUCACGAGAGCAUCCAGCCGAGCGUUCCGUUGGUGCCGAAUAUAGUACCGAUCGGGGGAUUCCACGUGGAGAAAGCGAAACGUUUACCGGAAGAUUUGGAAAAUUUUUUAAAUCUCGCUUCAGAUGGAGUCAUUUACGUUAGUUUUGGUUCGACCGUUCGAGCCGAGAAUCUACCUACCCACAAAAAAUUGGUACUCCUCAAAACAUUCGGAAACCUCAAGCAAAAAAUCUUGUGGAAAUGGGAAGGUCACGAAGUGGACGACUUGCCUGCGAAUGUGAAAACUUCCAAGUGGUUCCCUCAGAAAGAUUUACUAGCUCAUCCGAACGUGAGGCUCUUCGUAACACAAGGAGGUUUGCUGAGCCUGACAGAAAGCAUUUCUAAUGGCGUUCCGAUGCUAGCAGUACCGAUUCUCGGAGAUCAGUUCGUGAACGCGAGAAUGGUCGAAACUGACGGAUACGGUCUGAGUAUUUCCUUUCACGAUUCAAACUUUUCUGAGGAGAAGCUCACGUCGAUGAUAGAAGAGCUUUUGCACAAUUCGACGUUUAAGGAAAAAGCGAUGGAAAAAUCCAGAAUAUUCCACGAUCGAGAAAUCGAUCCGCUCAAGAAAGCUGUGUAUUGGAUCGAAUACGUCAUACGUCACAAAGGCGCGGCCCACUUGAAAGUAUGGGGAGUAAAUUUGGCCUGGUACCAAUUCUAUUCCUUGGACGUGCUUUUUGUUAUUUUAACAUGUACGGUCCUGUUAUUGGCGUUUUUAUAUGGGAUUGUGAUUGCGUUAGGAAAAUUGUUUAAGAUGGCUGUUAAAACUGUAAUUCAAAAAAACAAACGAAAUAACAAAAAUGACCGUCGAGGAAAUAAUAAAUUAAAAAGGCAUUAAAUAAAUUUAACGUUGUAUAUU